AUGCUUAAUAUUCCCUCCCUACUUUUAACCUUCCUCUUCGGAGGAGCUCUCAGAGCUCCAGUCCAACAACCUGGGUUUGACGAAUUAUCCAUUCGAACAAUCCAGUUCCCUUCGUACCACAUCGAAAACCUUCCUUUCGCCGUUAUCGAAGGGCUCCAAAUCUCACCCGCACUCCCUCGACCACUCUCCUCCGACUCCCUCAACGCCGCACGGGCCGCCUUUGCCAAUAUCACUUCCCUAACCGGAACGAGUAUCUCUGAUGAAGCUAUCGAAGAACUCCAAGGGCGGUACGAGAGGCGACUUUGGGGGGCUGGAUAUAAGGAUAUCACAGGCUUCGAUGCCCACGCGAGGCCCUUGGGCAAGCUUUCUGCUGCCCCGGACUACCCUACCCCGGAUGCUUCAAAACAUCCCGAGUUAAAACCGAUGUUGGCCAAAGUCAAUGCCUCCGAGAUGAAGGAAUAUGUAUCGCACUUGUCGACGGCGUAUGCUACGCGGUACUACCUCAAUGCGAAUGCUAGUGCCCCGGCGUUUUGGAUUCAAUCCCAAUUUGUUUCUUGGCUUGGAAUUGAGCAGGUCAAGUUGGCAAACAACUCGGAUUUUGAUCAGCCGAAUGUGAUUGGGAGGAUUGAGGCCAAGUCUGGGGAUGUGAACGCUCCUAUUAUUAUCUUUGGUGGUCAUUUGGAUUCGACGAGUCAAACACCGUACGUGAAAGCUCCUGGUGCUGAUGACGAUGCCUCGGGUGUCGCAGUCAUGAUGACUAUCAUGCGGAUUCUGAAGGAUAGCAACUUCCAGGCCGAGACUUACGCCAUUGAAGGCCACGCCUAUGCUGGUGAAGAAGGGGGUUUACUUGGCUCUCAAACGCUUGCAAGGUCGUACAAGGACGCUGGGAAAGAGAUUCGUGGAAUGCUUCAAUUUGAAAUGGUUGGUUGGCAACCCGACACCCCCACCAACUUGGGCAAGUCCAGUACUAUUUCCGUUCUUUCUGAUCCCGAUAUUACGAUGAGCACCCACAUGAGAAAAGUUGUCGCUGCUUAUGUUCCUACUGCUGAGAACAGGAACCCCGAGUGCGGUCGCAGCUGUAGUGAUCAUUACUCGUUCCACGACGAAGGAUACCCUGUCGUCUGUAUCGCCUCUUAUGGUCCCAAUGACAGCAAUUUGAACCCUGGCUAUCAUACGACGAAUGACACUGUCGACAAGCUCAACUUUGAAAGAUCUGCCGACUUCGUUAAGGCGGGACUGGCAUGGGUCGUUGAAGUCGCGGCUUGA